AUGGAAGGACCCUUACGCCCAUUCACCGAUCCGGCCAGUAAGGCCUCGGACAGGGCAUUCCCGCUGGAUGAUAAAGACAUCACUUGCGUCUCCGAUGAGUCUCUUAUCGACCUCUUAAAGUCUUCUCCGAUCCUUUACGAUUUCGGCCAAACGACGGUGGUGCGAUUGUCUAAGAAUCUCGUUUUAAAAGGCGGCGGCAAUGUGCUGCCUUGCGAGGCAAAGAUUCUUCAACUAGUCGCAUCAAAGUCUAAUAUUCGAGCUCCUCGUGUCCAUCGGUCUCUCCACUUCAUGGACGAUACGAAAUAUUUUGGCAACAUGGGAUAUAUUGUGAUGGAUUAUAUCGACGGCGAGCCGCUUGAUGGCUGCUGGAGAGAACUCAGUGAUGAACAAAAGAUGGAUGUCGCGAAGCAGACGGCCCAGAUGAUCAUUGAAAUGCAGUCCAUCAAGCUGUUGGAGCCAGGUCCGAUCGGCGGGGGCCCAUGUCGUGGUCGCUUCUUCACGCACUACAGCGCCGGGCCUUUCAAGGACGUGGCCGAAUUCGAGGGCUGGUUCAACCACAAGCUGGACAUCUGUAAAGCAUACAAGCACGCAUCGCCAGACCUUCCGCCCUUCAAGUUCACCGAGUUUGUUCUCACCCACCAGGACAUCAGUCCGCGGAACCUUAUUCUGGACCGAAACGGCCUUGUGUGGCUCGUGGACUGGGCAGAUGCGGGUUCGUAUCCCCCGGCCUUCGAAAUGGCAGCUCUAUGCUCUCAGUCUCAGUUCAUCGACUUUAAUGACAUGGUGCUGUCAUUACUCCCGCGAUACCCUUUAGAAGAACAGCAAUUAGAUUCCAUUGGAUACGCCCUUUCAACAGCUGCACUGGCUUGA